CUGUGGGGGAGGGGGUGAAUCGAUCAAUCUCGGGGUUCCCCUCCACAUUCGCACCUUACUCUGUGAUCCUGCUUCCGUGAAUUUGGUUUCUGGCAGGGUCUAGGUUGUUUCAUGACCACGGAAUAUUCCAGAUAAUUUUGUGAGAAGACAUUAGCCUUGUGUGAACCUUAUACUAGAGGGAAGGCAACUCCUACAGUACUCUACACACGUUCGAUUAGCGGCAAUGGCAGGGGAGAACAAGGGUCCGUUACGACACAUCGUCUUACUCAAAGUAGAGAAGAAGGAGGAUGUGCCUGAGGUGGUGGAGACGUUAAGCAAGAUGAGCAAAGAGAUCGUUAAGCACGUCUCAUGGCUUAAUUUCGACAUCAAUUCUGACCUCGGGAUCAGCGGCGGCAAUGCGGAUGUGGGGCUCGUGAUAGAUUUUCCAGAUGAACAGAAUUUCCAUACGUAUCAGAAGCACGACCUUCAUGUGGCAGCUGUCACACACAACAAGAAGUUUGUGACCAGCCGCACGGCCAUUCAAAUUCCGAUACCCAAGUCUAGUCUGUAAUGUAUUAUCGGCUGAGGUCUUCUUCAACUGCAAUCUUGUGAUUGCCGUAUAGUUUGUGUCCUGUCCUUUGUACACAAUGCCAGGAAUGUAAUCACAGUUCCAGACCUUAACCUUCAUCUGCUAGUUA